AGUUGCUCGUGCUGAGAAAUUUAAUCCGGAGUCAUUUCUUAUCGGUAAUUUAGCCAGUGCAUUUGGCAACGGCAAAUUAUUUAUACAAUGCGAUGUGAAGUUUGAUUCGCCUAGGAUGCAGCCGCCAAUAUUGGCGAGAAGAUGGUUUCGUGAAUCAAUUAGGACACGAUUUUCAAAACAUUGAAAGUGUGGAGCGAGGCAUCUGAGUGAAUGAAUGUCUUCUAUUUAUUCGAAGGUGGAUGAUCUCUCCGGUAGCAUGCGACUGGUGACUCGCACCUUAUUGCUGUUGACAGCCAUUUCACUCGUUUUCUUGGUAUUCAUCGGUCGCUGCGGGCUGCGCCUCGACGACGAAAUCUCGGGAUCGUCUGCCAGUUCCUCUCCUUUAGGAUCAUUGCUGCCUCAGUCCAUGUCUCCGGAUUCCUACUACCUGGACCUCUUGCAUCGAAGGGAAGAAGAACACCGGGCUGAAAUAAAAAGGCUGAAAGAUGAGAUAAAUGGGCUGAAGAAAAAGGUGUCUGACUUACAAAAGCCAUUCGUCGAUUCCGUCUCUGUGCCAAUUGUAGAACCGCCCUCAAAACAAGCGAUUGAAGGAAUAAAAUCUUCCGAAUGUUCUGAAUACUUGAGGAAGCAAGUGGCAUCCGCUGAAGUAAAGCAUGGUGUCCAGCUUAACAACGAGUACGAAAUCGUCCCCUUUACCCACUUCACUUUUGGAAGAGUCUAUCCAGUCAGUUUGGGACUCGGAAAACGAGUUGUCGAAAAACCGAUUGGGUACAAGAGGAAAGACCUUCUAGAGGUUUUCGUGAGGGCGCUUGAUGUGAUCAAUAAAGAUAGAAAAGGCAAGCAACGAUAUACAGUUGACGACUUCGCUGAAGGUUUGUUCAGAAGCGAACCCACCACUGGCACACAAUAUGAGUUGUACUUUAAAGAGAAAAAUGCUUCUCGGGUGUAUCUCAAGGUGACGUUGAUGAGGCCCUUUGGGCCUGUUCAAACUAUAUUUAAUGACAGAAUAAAGACCAGUAAAGAACUGAUUAAUGUCAUCCUUCCCUUGUCGGGUAGAAUUGACGCUUUUAGGACGUUCAUGGAUAGAUUUGCGAAGGUAGCUAUAAAGCAUGAUAAAAAAGUCUUCCUAACUGUUGUAUACUUUGGCGAAGAAGGCUUGCAUGAUGUGCGUGUAAUACUCACUAAAGUGUCUCGAGAAACUAAGUUCCGCAAUUUGAAACUUUUAACUUUAAACGAGACAUUCUCCAGAGGAAAAGGUCUGCAAGUGGGUGCACAGCACUGGCCGAAAAAUGAUGUCUUGCUUUUCCUUUGUGAUGUCGACAUCGUUUUCACAAAUAGGUUCCUCGAACGUUGUCGCCUCAACGCAGCUCCUGGCAAGAAAGUGUAUUAUCCGAUCGUUUUCAGCCUCUUUAACCCCUCUCUAGUCUACUCUUUGCAGGGCAAAGACACUCCAUCGGACGCAGAGCAGCUAACUAUCUCCAGAGAUUCGGGUUUCUGGAGGGAUUUUGGAUUCGGGAUGACAUGUCAAUAUCGUAGCGACUUCAUGAACAUUAAAGGAUUCGAUGAGGACAUUGUUGGCUGGGGUGGCGAAGACGUCAUGUUGUAUAGAAAAUAUGUAAGGAGCGAUCUGAUAGUUGUAAGAGCGACGGAUCCUGGAAUAUUUCAUAUUUGGCACGAAAAGGUCUGUGAUACUGAUCUGUCUGUUGACCAAUAUCGAUCGUGUUUGCGAUCCCGUGCUUUAGGAGAAGCAUCACAUGCUCAGUUAGGACUUCUGGCAUUUGGGGAUGAGUUGAAGCAACAUCAAAAUAAUCUUGCUACACUAAAAGCAUUAUCUUCUGAAGCAACUGUUGUUGAUGUGAUAGAAAGGCCUCAUGGUGCACAAACGGAUCAUCAGUGA